AUGGUGGAAAUAAAAAUCAGAUAUGAUUUUAAAAGGCGCUCCUUUGUUUCUGCAGAAGCAUCCACCACGCUGCUGCUUCCCACACGGCUUGUGUUUUUGACGCAAUUAAUCGCCGUAACACUGUUAUCUUUGUUCACAGGCCUUCUUUAUUAUUGUGAAGCAUUCAACGUUGGUCUCCGAGGAGCAAAAAUAUUUUCCGGCCCCUCAGCUGAGCAGUUUGGUUAUUCGGUACAGCAGUUUGUAAGCCCCGAAGGCAACUGGCUACUUGUUGGCUCUCCCUGGAGUGGUUUUCCAAAGAACAGAAUGGGAGAUAUCUACAAAUGCCCUGUUGACUUGCCACACGUCACCUGCGAGAAACUCAAUUUGCACGCGUCGACAAGCAUUCCGGACGUUUCGGAGAUAAAGACAAACAUGAGCCUCGGGUUGACGCUCACAAGAAACGAUGGAACUGGGGGGUUUUUGACCUGUGGGCCUCUCUGGGCUCAGCAGUGUGGAAACCAAUACUACACCAAGGGCAUCUGUUCUCACGUCAGCCCCAAAUUCCAGUUCCUGAACAGUUUUGCGCCAGCGAUUGAAGACUGCCCCUCCUUCAUCGAUGUUGUCGUAGUAUGUGACGAGUCCAAUAGUAUUUACCCUUGGAAUGCAGUGAAGAAUUUCUUGGAAAAAUUUGUCCAAGGUCUAGAUAUCGGCCCUACAAAAACACAGGUGGGCUUAAUUCAGUACGGCAACGACCCAAGAGUCGUGUUCAACAUGAACACGUUCAAAACAAAAGACGAAAUGGUCCGAGAAACCUCCAGGACGACCCAGAAAGGUGGAAGUCUGACAAAUACGUUUGCGGCGAUUCAGUUUGCCAGAGAACAUGCAUUUUCUCCGGCUUCUGGGGGGCGUCCCCACGCCACCAAGGUCAUGGUGGUAGUGACAGACGGGGAGUCACAUGACGGCUCCAUGUUGGAGACGGUGAUCGGUCAAUGCGAACAGGACAACAUCAUCAGAUUUGGCAUAGCUGUCCUCGGGUACCUAAUCAGAAACGAUCUCGACACUAAAAACUUAAUAGAAGAAAUCAAAGCAAUCGCAAGUUCCCCCACAGAAAAAUAUUUCUUCAAUGUGUCCGAUGAAGCUGCUCUGUUGGAAAAAGCCGGCACCCUAGGGGAACGCAUUUUCAGCAUUGAAGGUACUGCCCAGGGAGGUGAUAACUUCCAGUUGGAAAUGUCCCAAGUAGGAUUCAGUGCCGAUUAUUCUCCUCGAAACGGUGCUCUGAUGCUGGGCGCCGUUGGGGCUUAUUCCUGGAGUGGAACUAUGUUCUGGAAGACCCCUGAUGGAACCCUUGCUUUUCCUAAACAAGCAUUUGAAAAAAUUCUACAGGAUAAGAAUCAUAGUUCAUAUUUAGGCUAUUCCUUGGCCACCCUUUUGACGGAAGACGCCAUCCUUUACGUAGCAGGUGCUCCUCGAGCCAGCUACACUGGCCAAGUGGUGGUUUACAGCCUUAAUGAGCAAGGCAACGUCACAGUCAUUCAGUCCCACAAAGGGGAUCAGAUUGGCUCCUACUUUGGGAGCGUGGUAUGUUCGGUGGAUGUGGAUCGAAAUGGCAUUACUGAUGUGCUCCUGGUAGGGGCUCCGAUGUACAUGAAUGACUUAAAGAAAGAGGAAGGGAAAGUCUACCUGUUCAGUAUCUCAAAGGGAAUUCUGGGUCAGCACCAGUUCCUGGAGGGCCCCGCCGGCGUGGAAAACGCUCGCUUUGGAUCGGCAAUCGCAGCUCUAUCCGAUGUUAACUUGGACGGCUUCAACGAUGCGAUAAUUGGCUCGCCUUUAGAAAAUGAAAACUCUGGAGCCGUUUACAUUUACAACGGCUUCCAAACAACGAUUCGUACCAAAUAUUCUCAGAAAAUUUUAGGGUCAGAUCCUGUCUUCAACCAACCAUUACAGUAUUUUGGGAGAUCAGUAGAUGGCUACAAAGAUUUGAACCGUGAUUCCAUCACCGACGUGGCAGUCGGAGCCUUUGGGAACGUGGUCCAGUUCUGGUCACAGAGUAUUGCAAGUGUGUCUGUAGAAGCUUUCUUUACACCCGAUAAAAUCAGUUUGCUGAAGAAGAAUACUGAGAUAGCCGUCAAGUUAUGCUUCAGGGCAAAAUUUAGACCCGUGGAACAAACCAAUCAAGUGGAUAUCAUAUACAAUGUGACCCUCGAUGCAGACCGCUUUUCAUCCAGAGUAACUUCCCGGGGAUUGUUCAGAGAAAACAACGAAAGGAAUAUUCAGAAGAACAUCAGGGUAGACGGAGGAGUCACCUGCUCAGAUCACAUCAUCAUUAUUCAGGAGCCUUCAGAUGUCGUAAACUCUUUGAAUCUGCGAGUGGAUCUCACUUUGGAAAAUCCAGGUUCCAGUCCAGCCCUCGAUACCUUCUUCGAAUCUUCUAAAGAUUUUAGUAUUCCUUUUUCCAAAGAAUGCGGGCCCGAUGGAGUCUGCUAUUCCGAUCUCGUUCUCGAAGUUCAACAAACACCAGCUGCUCAGAAACAACCCCAUAUUGUCAGCAGCAAGAACCGAAGGUUGACGUUUGCGCUUACACUAAAAAACAGAAAGGAAAGCGCGUAUAAUGCCAGGAUCCACGCCAAUUUUUCACAUAAUUUAUUCUUUUCUUCAUUUACAAUGCCGAUGGAUGGGACCGAAGUCUCCUGUCAGAUUGACUCCACCCGGCAUUCUUUAAUUUGCAAAGUUGGCUACCCAGCCGUGAAAACCAACCAAAAGGUGUCCUUCAAUAUCAACUUCGACUUCAACCUCCAGAACCUUCAGAAUCAAGCUCUCCUUGACUUCUGGGCUUUGAGUGAAAGCCAAGAAGAUAAUGAAGCCGACAAUAAGGUCAUCUUCAAAAUUCCUCUGCAGUACGAUGCUGAGAUUCACAUAACAAGAUCUACCAGUAUGAAUUUUUAUGAAGUCCUUUCUGAGGGUACUGUUCCUUCCAUUGUGAAUAAUUUCGAUGAGAUUGGUCCCGAAUUCAAUUUCUCCCUUAAGGUGACCAGUGGCAGUGUUCCCGUGACCAUGGCCUAUGUAACCAUCCGCCUUCCUCAGUUUUCCAAGGCAAAGAAUCCGCUGAUGUACCUCACGGCCAUCCACGCUGACCAGGCCGGCGAUGUGAGUUGCGAUGCAGAAACAAACCCAUUAAACAUAGGGCAGAAACCCUUUCCCACAUCUUUCAAGACGGAGAACUUCAGACAGUUGAAAGAGCUGAACUGCCGAACCGUGUCCUGUGCCAGUGUUAAGUGCGUGAUCAAAGACCUUGAAGUGAAAAAGGAGUAUUUUGUCAAUGUCUCUACCAGAAUCUGGAAUGGGACGUUUGCAGCUUCGACUUUCCAGACGGUAAAACUGGAAGCAGACGCCGAAAUCAACACCUACGAUCCGCAGAUAUACGUGAUUGAAGAAAACAGUGUGAUGAUCCCAGUGACUAUAAUGAAGCCUCACGAGAAAGCCGAGGUCCCGACAGGCGUGAUAAUAGGAAGUACAAUCGCUGGGCUUCUUCUGCUGUUGGCCUUAAUUGCCGUUUUAUGGAAGCUCGGCUUCUUCAAACGGAAGUAUGAAAAGAUGAUGAAGAAUCCAGAAGGGGCCGAGGAGACCAUGGAACUUGACAGCUGAAUCUCCUGAUAAAGUUUCCCGAAGCUGUUUGCCAUGGCGGUGACUUAAUCCCUAAGUGCCUUUCAUUUUUUAAAUGGGAAAAAAAAAGUUUGAUAAUUUUAUAGGUAACAUAAAUUUUAUUUUAAAACUGCUGGUCAGUUAAGGGGAGAGGAUUGUUGGGAGCUCGUUUAUUAAGACAGUCCUUUUUUUAUAUGCUUUUCGACUGGCAGGUCCAGAGGUUUUACAUUAGGGUUGCAUAUUGAGCCAGAAAACGCCAAUUCUUCUCGAGUGUUGUAAAGUGUUUUUGUUUUCUUUUUCGGAGCGGUUUUUCACACCUUGAGGGAUUUAAAUAUUGUCUCUAGUAGUGCUUUAUAUCCUGCUAAAAAUAGCAUCUCAACAUUCCGCGGCAUUUUAAUCAGACUGUUGUGUAUCUUAGCAUACUCUAGUUCUUAUAUAUUUCAGGCUCUUUCAUUAUUCAAUCGUAUUUAUUGAGCACUUACUGUGUGCGGAGCACUGUACUAAGUG